AUUCAGACAGAAGAAAAAAAAACUGCAAAUAGUUGUAGCAAGCUAGCAGCUGCUGCAAUAUUUGUUUCAGAGGUAGAAAAAAAUUAUUACAAAUAGCAGAUUAGAGAUGAUUAAGUAGAUGCUUGGCACGCAUAUAUUCACAGUUGCUGUAGUUGUUGCUGCCACUGCCUAUGGCAGCAUAGCUUCUUCUUCCUCUCAUUCUUUUAAGUUCCAGCUUCUUCUUCACUUCCUCUCUCUCUCUCUCUCUCUCUCUCUCCAGUCUCUACUGCUGUAGCCAAGAACAUCUAUCGAGCUGUGUGUUUUUCUCUCUAAGCUAGCUAGAGCUAGCCAAGAAGAGAGCUGAGUGAAGUGAAGCUUAGGUAGUGUGAGUGUGUUGGAUAUGGCGAGCGGGAACGGCAAGGAGGAGGUGUACGGGAAGGAGGGGAGCAAGCUGUACUCGAGGAUGAUGUCCAAGGAGGCGGCGGCGGCGCCGCUCGCCGUGCCGUCGUUCAGGGUGUACUACGGCGUGGCGUCAGCGGGGUCGGUGCCGUUCCUGUGGGAGUCGCAGCCGGGGACGCCCAAGAGCUCGCCGUGCACGGCCGUGCUCCCGCCGCUCACGCCGCCGCCGUCGUACUACGCGUCCGGUGGCGGUGGCGGUGGCGGCGGCGGCGGCAGGGGCGCCGAUAAGAAGGCCGGCGCCAUCUCCAGGAGGCGCGGCUGGUACGGCGGCGGCGGCGUCCUCGGCGCCAUCCUCCCCAGGAUCACGCUGCUGGUCCGGCGGCCGUGGCGGCGCCGGACGUCGCCGUGCUCCUCCUCCUCCUCCUCGUCGUGGUCCUACUCCUCGCCGUCGUCCGUGUCGAUGAUGUCGCCGGUGUUCACCGUGCACCAGGCGUCCCCGGCCGUGGCGCGCUCCCACCACAGGCGCGCGUUCUCCGCCGGCGCAUACGACGUCGACGACACGGCCGCCGCGGCGAGGUGCUUCGGGAUGCAGCACGAGUGCGAGAAGGGCCUCGUCAAGGGCUGCGGCGUGGCGUCGGCCGUCAGGAACGCGCUGUCGACGGUAGUCGGCCACAAGUCCGGCGGCCGUCGCGCCGCCGCGCCGGCGUAUUAACCAUCCCAAAAGCCGGCGUAUACACAUGCAUGCUAGUAUGUACUGCUAUCUAAUUUGCGUUUUUCCCGGGGUGUUCUUUGCAUUUUGUACGCCCUAGUACAUGUACGUACUCACCCUACGUGAUAAAAUAUAUGGAGGAGAAGUAAAUUCAGUGUAAGAUUUUUAUCUAUGUACGUAUUCGUGUAGCCGUAUACGUAUAUAUACGGUCAUGCAUGCAUGUCCUCAAAAAUCAAAAUACGUGUGAAACUUGAUGAGUACAUCACCAAUUCACCAUGGAUUUGGUGACAAUGAGCAGAGUAGAUUUGAAAGGUUUAUGAUUCUUGAUCUGGAUUAUUUUCUCGUUAUCAUUCUCUAGUUCAUGGAAAUUUU